UAUGACCUUAAAUUUAUGUCAAACUUAUAAAGUAGUCCUGGGGUUUGCGCUCUGGAAUAAAUAUAUUUGUAUUCACACGCGUGUGUCUCGUGUUUUGGAGUGCAGAAAAUUCAUUGAAUAGGAUGUUGAUUGUUUUUAUCUUAUAAUGGUUUACAAAAGGCAAUAAAAAUUUCAAUUUUUUCAUUUUGUUUAGAUUUUUUCUAGACCAUAAAAGAUAAUUCCAUGAAGAGGGUACAACAGUAGAUAUUAUGCUGUCCAGGACAGCUACAAAUUUAAUAUUAAAAGCUUAUAAACGAUAUCCGUACAAUGAUGUUUUUGUCGUUUGUCAAACUCAUUUGUGCACAUUUAAAUCACCAUUCAACAUAGUACAGUGUUUUGUUAGGCCUAGUGGUUUUUUAGAUGCAUCAAAGUAUUUAGUUUCAGCUAGAAAGCCGACAUACAAAGCAGUUAUUUUUGAUAAAGAUGGAACUAUUGUUUGCUUUAACUCAAUGUGGAUGCCUUGGGCAAAGAAUAUUGCAAAUAAGUACUGUCUUUACAUAAAUACUUAUUUAUCCGCUCCAAUGAUCAAGCAUUUCUAGUGACAUAGCUCAGGAUAUAAGGUUCGAGAUAUUGACCACUCUUGGGUGCUGCCCGAAAACUCACAUUAUCAAUCCAGGUUAAAGUUUUUCUUUUUAAUUCUUAACUUUUCAAAGGUGUUUUAGCUGAAGGUACUGAAGAACAAAUAAUACUUGCUCUGACAAACUUGUUAGUUUCUCACGGCAUUACAAAAAGCAUGGCUCAGUCCACCGUGUCUAAGCAUGUAAAAGCAUUAUCACUUUCACCUGAGCACAUUGUUCAGUUGGCUGAUGUGAAAAGCAUGUUAACUACUUUGAGACAGCACUCAAUCAAGACAGCUGUAUGCACAUCCGACAGUCGCAAAGGGACAAUACAAGCUCUGGCAGUUUUAGAUGUUUUACAUCUAUUAGAUGUUAUUGUUUGCGGUGAUGACCCUGGUAGACCUCCAAAACCACAUCCAGAUAACGCAGAAUUUAUAUGUAAGAAACUUCAUGUGUCACCUGAAGAGACAGUUAUGGUAGGAGAUACCUCGACGGAUGUUGCUUUUGCAAAAAAUGCUAAUCUAGGUUUGUGUAUCGGUGUUUUAAGUGGGAUCGGUCAACAAACUAGUUUGGAAGCAACUUGGCUUAAGCAUUCUGAAAUCGAGGGUAAAAACAACUUAAACGAGGCUAAAUCGUUCCAUUCAAAACCUAAGUUACGUAUUGUGCCAUCUGUGGACCAUAUAUUGCCGAUCGUGUUGCCUGAUCUUAAUCUACCAAUCAAACAGAUUUUACUCGAUAACAGCAUGUUAAAUCAAAAGCUAUCAAAUCAAAAGUUUAAACUGGUUAUUAUUGACAAAGAUGGGAGUUUUAUUAAUGUACACCCCCGUUGGGCUGAAUGGUGUGAGAAAUUAUGCAUGAGAUUAGCGGAAAAAACGUCUCCUGAUCUAGCAUGUACAUUUUUGAACAUACUGGGUUACUCUUCUGAGACACGUAAAAUAUCUAAUGGUAUUUUAGCUGAAGGAUCCAUGGUGUUUAUUGAACAGUGCCUACGGUACUUGCUCAUACUGAAAGGUUACGGAGUCAAGGAGUCUGAUCAGAUAGUAAAUCAGAUAUGGAUCUGUCCAAGCUCUAUACCAGGUACAACUAUAUCUGAUACAAUUGAAACAGUUAAGAAACUUCGGGAAAUCGGUCUACAAGUAGCUAUAAAUAGUUCAGACAGCCGAAAAGCCUGUGACGAUUUCUUGUUAAACGUAAAAUUGCAUGACUACAUAGAUACCAUGGUGUCAGCAGAAGAUGCCGGUUGUCAUCCAAAACCUUUACCACAUACUGUGCUUCAAAUCAUUGACAAAGUUGGAUGUAAACCUGAAGAAACAGUCAUUGUUGGUGAUACACCUGCAGACUUAAUCUCCGGUCGAUCGGCUAAGGUUGGCCUUACUGUUGGACUAUUGUCUGGAUUUUCAUCAGCAACCGAUCUAAUCUCCUAUUCAGACCUAAUUUUACCAAACUUAUCUCAUAUCCCUAAUAUAUUUAUUAAUUAAAGGUAGUUUAAAGGAAGAAAUAAAAUAAUCCACAAAAGGAUAAUACAAAAUCAACCAGUUCGUUGAGUCAUAUAUUUUUUAAAGUUAUGAAUACUUCUUAGAAACUUUAUUCAAUUCUGAUUUUCAUUUCCUUUCUAAUAUCACAAAAGAUGUAAACUUAUUUUAUAAUUCCUUCUUCCAAAAUAUCUUCCUUGAAAUUUUUUAAAUGACAAUAAUAACCAUUUUCCAAUUAUUUCCGAUGACGGUUGUUAUGGAUAAUUUAGAUAUCUAGUUGAUUGAUACUAAUAAAAACAUUUUAACU